UAGUGGGGGAUGGGCGCGCACUGUUGUUAUGACUGGUGCUUGGCUGCGGGACAAACUUCCAGAGGCCUCGGCGUUUUUCUCUCUCUAUUCCACCUCAUUGGUCGGUUUCAACGAGGAAAUGUGGCUCCAUUUUGCUGUGUGAACUUGUCAAACGGACCCGGAGCUAAUGUUUAAUCAACGCCUGAGGACGGCUGUAAGCAAACCACGAGGGGCUGAGAGUUCUUGCUGAGGACGACGCAGCUAUGAUGCGCAUCUGAAGACCUCUCGAUCACAUGGGCUCCUAUCCUGUGCUGACCCAAUGGUUUAAUCACCAGGACUAAAAAUGAGCAUAAGCAGUGAUGAGGUCAAUUUCCUGGUUUACAGAUACCUUCAAGAGUCAGGCUUCUCCCACUCAGCAUUCACCUUUGGCAUAGAGAGCCACAUCAGCCAGUCCAACAUCAAUGGAGCCCUGGUGCCCCCUGCUGCCCUCAUCUCCAUCAUCCAGAAGGGCCUGCAGUAUGUGGAGGCUGAAGUCAGCAUCAAUGAGGAUGGGACUUUAUUUGACGGGCGGCCAAUCGAAUCGCUUUCUCUGAUCGACGCUGUGAUGCCAGAUGUAGUCCAGACCAGGCAGCAGGCCUACAGGGACAAGCUGGCGCAGCAGCAGCAGCAGCAGCAGCAGCAACAGCAGCAGCAGCAGGCGGCAGGCAGCGGUAGUGUCACAGGGCCGCAGGGAAGCACCAAGAAUGGAGAGGGCGCUGCCAACGGGGAGGAAAACGGAUCCCACGCCUUAGCCAAUCACCACUCAGAGAUGAUGGAGGUGGACAGAGACGUGGAGAUCCCUCAGAGUAAAGCCAUGGUCCUGCGAGGUCACGAAUCCGAAGUCUUUAUUUGUGCCUGGAACCCCGUGAAUGACCUCCUCGCUUCCGGGUCCGGAGACUCGACAGCACGGAUCUGGAACCUGAGUGAGAACAGCACAGGCGGAUCAACCCAGCUGGUUCUGAGGCACUGCAUACGGGAAGGGGGCCAGGACGUACCCAGCAACAAAGACGUCACCUCACUAGACUGGAAUAGUGAGGGAACGUUGCUUGCGACAGGCUCAUAUGACGGCUUCGCCAGAAUAUGGACAAAAGACGGUAACCUGGCGAGUACUUUGGGUCAGCAUAAAGGUCCUAUAUUUGCACUCAAGUGGAAUAAGAAAGGAAACUUCAUCCUCAGUGCUGGUGUAGACAAGACAACAAUUAUUUGGGACGCCCACACAGGAGAGGCGAAGCAACAAUUUCCUUUCCACUCGGCACCUGCUCUGGACGUGGACUGGCAGAGCAACAACACGUUUGCCUCCUGCAGCACAGACAUGUGCAUCCAUGUGUGUAAGCUGGGUCAGGACAGACCUGUCAAGACUUUCCAGGGACACACGAAUGAGGUGAACGCUAUCAAGUGGGACCCCACUGGCAGCUUGCUGGCCUCCUGCUCGGACGACAUGACACUGAAGAUCUGGAGUAUGAAGCAGGACUCAUGCGUCCAUGACCUCCAGGCCCACAGUAAAGAAAUCUACACCAUCAAGUGGAGCCCCACAGGCCCCGGGACCAACAACCCUAGCGCCAAUCUAAUGCUGGCCAGCGCAUCAUUUGACUCAACGGUUCGUCUGUGGGACGUGGAGCGCGGGGUGUGUAUCCACACACUUACCCGCCACCAGGAGCCCGUCUACAGCGUGGCCUUCAGCCCCGAUGGCAGGCACCUCGCCAGCGGCUCCUUCGACAAAUGUGUCCACAUCUGGAACACUCAGACUGGGGCUUUAGUCCACAGCUACCGGGGGACAGGAGGGAUCUUUGAGGUCUGCUGGAAUGCCACAGGGGACAAAGUAGGAGCCAGUGCAUCAGAUGGAUCGGUUUGUGUAUUAGACCUGAGAAAAUGACACUCACCUGGGGGAGCCAUGGACCGACUACGAAUGUGUACAUAGCCAAAAUGACUGACUGUCCCUGCCUGUCCACCACACUGCUGUAGUCUCAUCAGAUGCCAUGGCCCACCAUUGAAGCCAGAAGGAGUGCUCCCCCCUCUCACAUGUACACACAAAGGACCACACCUUCGCCACAUACACUUUAUAGGCACGUGUCAGACAUACAACAGGUCUGUACGGACACUCUCGUUGCUCUCACAGACCUGCAGGAAGACACAUUUCUGUUAUCACUCAGUACAACGCUGUUGGACUCGUCACAUACAAACCAAAACACCGGGAUUCUUUUUGCUUUCUUCUUUUUAUCCUUUGUACCAGAACUCUGAAAUUUUUUUUGUUCUCUGUUGGUGUGUGCAUAUUGCAUAUGUCAGCAUUUGGUGUCCUGUGGACAUUGUUGUUUUUGAAUUUGGAUUUUACUGAUCUCUGUGGGUUUUAUAUUCCGUGUGGGGUGGGAGAGAAGAGAGGCGGGCGGGGGGUUCAGAAUUGUUUGUCUUUUACAGUUUUACAGUGUUUGGGGGGGUGGGGGUGGGGUUCAUUCAUCCACUUCUUGGCACUCUUUAAGGUUGAAAAAAUGCAGCUGUAUAACUUAGAAGAUGAAUGGUUUAUAAUUUUGUCAACUAUUUUUAUCCAAUAGGUUUGUUCCAUUUUUGCCAUUUUUUUUAAACAAAAGUAUAAAGCAGUUAAUCAAAGGUGAACAGACCUUUGUUUUUGCACCUUUUAUCCUCAGAAAUGGUUUUCAGGUGUUCACAAUAAUUCAUCAGGUUAAUAUAGAGCUCUAAAAACCUCUAGGCUGAAAGAUAAUCUUCAUUGCUCCCGUGUCCCGUGGCUUAGGGUUUUCUGUCACUGAGCUCGUCUUGGAUCUGUGUCCCGAGCUUACGCAUAGACUGCUGUGCUUUAGCGUCAGUAGUGAGGUAACGUGGGACAGGAAUAGUUUGCUUUCUGGCGUCUGUGGAGAGAGACAGAGAGACGGGAAAACAGGCCUAUAACCGCUCGCAUCCAUCUGGCGUUAACAGUUAAUAAGCGUAAUUGUGUUUGUUUCCUCAAUUAAUGGCUUGUUGCUAACCAAUGCUGAAUGAUAAUCAGACUAAGCCCUUCUAAUUGUGUCCUGUUCCCCGUGCUUGAUCAUUAAAUAUCAGGACAUCAUCUGGAGUAUCACUUCCUCUGCAGGCACAGGGUUUUUGAUCGCACCUUUUUUUUAAACAUGGCUCAACAUUCGCUCACAUCACAACCCUAAAGAAAAGAAAGGAGAAAAAAAACAGCAAGUUGACGAUGCUGGAGUUCAAAUCUCGUCGAGCAGUCGUCUUAAAAACGUCCUGGUUUUACACUGCUUUCAUGUCCAGCUCUGACCUAAGUACACACUACAGUCCCUGCUUUGGUUUGCUGUUGUCAGGCGGUCCAGCAUUAAUACACACACACACACACACACUCGCUCUGGAGACAGGCUGCGUUCAGGCCUAUGCACCGAUAGACGGCGCUUUUGUUUGUAGUGUUCAGAGUUGGCGUUUCGAGGCGAGUCUGUGCUUGUUGUUAAAAAGCAGGCUCGCAGCAUAUGACUUGAUGUAACAUGGUAUCUGCAUAUAAUAUAUAUAAAUAUAUAUCUGUGCUAUCACAGGGGAUUCUUUCUUAUGCCACUCGUACACUAAGAGUGGAUUUUAAAGUUACUUUUUUUCAAGAUGCUUGAAAUACAGUACGUGAUGUUCUUAUGCAUCACGAGGGGUCGUGACCAUGAGGAAUGAUUUUUUUUUUAUAAAAUACCAUUAAACAGUCAUAGCGAAAUUAAACAAAAUUUUUAAAGAGCAGCCCUUAUAAGGGUGUGAUUUUUUUCCCUGCACUUUAGACGACAAAUGGAGAAACAGGGAGGUGUGUUGAAUCAAGCCACAGUAGAUACAUCCGAUGUUUAAAAUGCUCUUAAAGAUGAAUCAGAAAUCAGUGCAGCGGGUAAAUAAGGGUGAACAGUGUCCUGUCUGCUUCUUCGGGGUACGUCAAAGUCGAACCAAGCCAACUUCAUGGCAUUCCAGGUCUCAUCUCGCUAACGGCUUGACACACACACAGACACACACAUACACACACACACACACACAUACACACACAUACAUACAUCGUCGGACAUUUCAGAGGUUUUGUUCCGAGUGUUCUCGUUUUAAAAAAAAAAUUUUGUACUAAAGCUAAAGACUAUUUUGAAGUUUGCUUUAACGCAGUCAGCAGUGAUUUGGACUGUACCACAAAGACACUAUUUCAAAUGAUGUCUAUGACAGUGGAAUGGUAUUUUAUAACGUUUUGUUUUUAGACGAUAAGCUUUUUACACUGCAUUCAAGUGU